AUGAGCGCAGCAACGAGUGGGAAGGGCACAUUGCCCCAUCAGAUGCGCACUGCCGCCGAGCCCCGCCAGAACCGACUAUACAACGUCCGCCUGUCGCACAUCGAGCAGGUCAACCCAUGCGUGCGACUGCUGCAACUAACCAUUCCCCCCGAGGUGCAGAGUCCGGAGGAGAACAACCAAGAAAGCGAUCAAGAAGUAAGAGCUAGCUCUAGCCCUCACGAUCUCUAUCUCUCUCGCUCUGUGUCAUACCAAUUGCUUUCCACUCGUUACCCUCGUCGUACUAACCACGUCCCCCCCGUACAGUCCCACCCCCAACCAUUGACCUUCCUCCCAGGCCAAUGGCUCGACGUCCAUAUCCCCUCCAUCUCCAACGCAGGAGGCUUCAGUAUCACAUCCACUCCCGCGGACGCACAAGUCCUUCCCUCGCUGGCCGAGACAGCCCCCGUGGAAGCCAUCGCCAACGAUGAAGCGGGCCUGCCCCCGCUCAACCCGGGGGGUCGAUCGCCGUAUGUCGAGCUCGCCGUGCGCCACGCGCCCUCGAAUCCGGCCAGCGCAUGGCUCUGGAAGCCCACAGAGGAGAUUCUGGGUUCCGAGCUUAGCAUCCGUGUAGGAGGGAGCUUUGUGUGGCCGCCGUCCGGGGUGCGGUUGACUGAUAUUCGGAAUGUGGUUUUCAUUGCCGGAGGAGUGGGGAUUAACCCUCUCAUCUCCAUGCUCUCCCAUCUAAACAACGACGACGAGGCAACUACCACGCUCCGCCAUCCCUCCUUAAACAUCCACGUCCUAUAUUCCACCAAAAUUCCCCAGCCAGAAACGACAACGACGACGACAGCAACAGCAACCACUACCCAAUCCCCUGAGAGCUCACUGGACCAGAUCCUGUUCCUCUCCCGACUCCGACAUAUCGUAAACAUACAGUCGCAGCUGUGUCGUCUCCGGAUCACGCUGCAUCUGUUCAUCACGAACCUAGACGAGAAGAAGGCCUCUUCGCUUCUCGGACACUCAUUCGACGAUGACGAUGACCUGCGGAUACACAGUCGCCGGAUCAACGCCGACGAUCUGCGGGCCGCCGCGGCAAGCGGGGACGAUGGGACAAUCGAGCCGGGGAAGACGGUAGCCUACGUGUGCGGACCGCCGGGCAUGACGGAUGAGAUCGUGGGGACAUUGGAGGGGUUACUUGGUGGCAGAGAAAGGGUGUUCUACGAAAAGUGGUGGUAA